AUGUCUAUUGAAUCCCAGAAGAUGCUUGUGUACCUAGGCCUGUCGCCAGAUUAUGAUCCCGCCCCUGAUGUGAAACCUAUCCAGUUUCUCUCAAUACAUCUGCAUGAGCUGCCUGCUAGCUUAUUGAUUCAGUUCACCGACCUGCUCUCUCCUCGACAACGGUCUGUGAUACCAGCGAUACGCAACCGCCGUCUGAAAUAUACUCAAGGCAACCCUGUCGAACUUCGCUUCACAGAAGCUCGGCGGACAUGGCCUACGCUCUGGGAGGGCCGGGAGCGCAGAGGCGUCGAGGAAGGCGCAGAUGAGAGGGCUUGGGCUGAUACAGACUUUUUGGAAGGGUCUCAACGACCUCAUGUCGGAAAGCUGGGCAAAAUGCUCGGUGAGCUUGAGGAAGAGCGCGAAGCUGAACGCGUGAGGACCAUCCGGCGAGAACAGGCUACGGCGGAGGAGUUCAUACCGGAGGAGGACGAAGACGAAGACGAGUCUGAAGACGAUACUCCGCCGCCAGACAAUGCCACGCCUCCUGACCCUCAGGCGGACAUGGAGCUCUUUUCGCGACGCGUACGAGAGCGGUUCAUCUACGGCUUACUCGAUACACAGCUCUACGAUAAAGUUGACUGGGACGACGGUCUGGAUGAAGUAGACCGUGAAGCUGAAGAGCGCUGGUUUGACGAAGACGAUUGA